AGGAUAGUAGACUACAACAUGGCCAUCACCGACGACCCCAAAGCUCUCAAGCUCGAGGAUCUGCCAGAGUUGCUGAAGAAUGACACGAGCGUCAAGCUGGCAGGGUGCGACAUUGACGGUAUCCUCAGAGGCAAGCUGGUCUCCAAGAAAAAGUUCCUCUCCAUCGCAUCGUCUGGCUUUGGCUUCUGCUCCGUCAUCUUCGGUUGGGAUAUGCAUGAUCAGACAUACUUCAAGGAGCUCAAGAUCUCGAACAAGGAGAAUGGAUACAGAGACCUUACCGCCCAGAUCGACCUGGGCAGUUACAGAAGGAUUCCUUGGGAGAACAACGUGCCCUUCUUUCUGGUCAGCUUUUACGAGCCCGAAGGACAAUCCGUGUCGGCUUGUCCGAGAAGUGUCUUGGGGAGAGCCGUCGACAAGAUUCAAGCCAAGGGCAUGAGUGCCAUGGCAGGAGGUGCAUCGCCCUCCGACCCUACCGCUUCUGAGCGCAACUCGUCCAGCACAGCAAAGUUCCUCAAGGAGAACNCCCCGUCCGCUCUACCGUCCCUGACCGAAGGCAUGUUUGGAUACAGUGUUACAAGACCGGUACACAACCAAGACUACUACUACGGCAUUUACGACGCUUGCGAGAAGUUUAGAUGCAACAUUGAAGGAUGGCAUACCGAGAGUGGUCCUGGUGUCUUUGAGGCCGCUCUCGAAUUCGGCGAGAUCAGAGGCAUGGCAGACCGAGCAGCUCUAUUCAAGUGCGACUUCAAGAUUCCUCAGCCUGAAGCACCGCUAACACAUCCGUAG